AUGGCCCUUUCACGCAGCUGGGCCGCGUUCGCAGCAGCAGUCGCGGCGGGUGCCUGUGUUGUGGACGCGGCGAUUGUUGACGCCGGAACUCUCACCGGUGUCACGACAGAGGCACCUGUGUUCGACGAUCGCGCGACCUUACCCUAUGGAUGCCCACCCGCCGGUUGCGUGGGCGCCAAUACGAGAGACGGCAUCACGAGCGAUGAAUCUCGCUGGUCGUGUGCACCUUCGCUCGACUCCAGCGACUCUGGGUGCACCAUCACCUACACUCUCGAAGACGAGCAGCAUCUCGAAGCUCUGAAGAUAGCACUGUACCAGGGGGACACACGGACGAGGACCAUCGACAUCUCCGUAGAUGGUAACUAUGCCUUCAGUUGGACGAGCUCGGGAACGACCUCCGACUUCGAAAGCAUUGACCUCGGUGUCGAUGGCAAGGUCGUGGAGCUGGUCGGUGAUCUGCAGGACUGGGAAUGGCUCAGCAUCCUAGAGGUGGAAAUACUGGUCGACGAUGGCGAUGACGGUAGCGAGGUCGAUGUGGUGGAGGCCGGCGAACUGGGAACAGUCACGGCUACGGCAGAUCUCUACGACGAUCGACUCGGAGACACCGUUGGCUGCGACCCCGAAGGGUGCACGGCAGCGCUCACAAGGGAUGGCGACAUGUCCGAGGAUUCCAGGUGGUCGUGUGCUCCCGAGCUCGGCGGCCUCUGCAGCAUCUCUUACGACCUUGGGGCUGAGUACAGCAUCGAUGAGCUUCAACUCGCGAUGUACCAGGGUGACACCAGAGUACGCACAGUAGGCGUGGCCGUCGAUGGAGAUCUUGUCACGACAUGGACCAGCUCGGGAACCACGAGCGGGUUCGAGAGCGUCGACAUGUCUGGAGCAACCGGUCAAGUUGUAACUAUCACGGGUGCUGAGCUGUCUGACUCCGAGUGGUUGAGCAUCGUCGAGACGGAGAUCAUGGUGUACAACGGAGUUGCGCCACCCCCCAGCCCCACGACACCGGCCACACCUUCUCCAACCCUCCCGCCCACCACAGAUCUAAAUGUUUGCUUCGACAGCACGAGCGACGACUACAGGUGCCUUCCGAGCGAAGACGACCCGAACACCGUAUACUUGAACAACUGCAACUUCGUGGAUGCUGACGGCGCUGACAUUCCGGCGUGCUUGGAGAUCUUCGGGAAGGCCGACAUCCAGUUCGUGUAUAUGCCCUUCCAUGACGACCUGACCACCUUGCCGGUGGGGGUCUUCUCAGGCUUGGACAACAUCCUCGAUAUGGAUAUCUCCUACACCGGGUUGCAGACACUCCCCGCCGGUGUGUUCGACGGCCUUUCGUCUCUCACCAAGCUGUCGAUUCACUGGAGCAGCUUGGAGGCUCUGCCCGAAGGCCUCUUCGAAGGAAUGACAAGUCUUGUGGACCUAGGAGUGACUUCCGCAAAGCUGAGCUCCCUGCCGGCAGGAGUGUUUACGCCGCUAACCGCCCUCCAGGAGUUGACGCUCUCCACCGAUGUUUCGCGUUUUCCCGAUGUACAGUUGCAGUGCCUUCCCUCCUCGACUGCGACAACAAUCGAUCUCUGGUUCCAACCGGAGGAAGAAAUUCUGGAAGGAACCUGCGAAUGCGAGCCGGCCGAGGCAAUCUCCUGCGAGGCCGGAACGUCUUGCCAGCCCGGAACGGAAGGCUACACUUGCGGGUAAAUUGCUCAGGCAGCCCUCCCAGCACACUCUACGGGCGCACAUUGGGGGCGACGCAAGGCAUGCCGAACGCGCCACCGUAUGCUGCGCGGAAGCCAUGAUGAUCGUCCAGCGACCGCCACUAUGUUAUGUUCUAUUUUGUAGAUCGUUUCUCUUUCUCCGGGAGCACUAGAUGCUGUGCCUCAACGCUCGCAACCGUGUGCUCCUCA